AUGCCCAUGCCACACCUCUUCUACAGAACCUUAUUAAUAGCCAAGCUAACGCUGCGUGCAGUUUCCCUUGUGAAUUUCUGCUGGAAUAGGCAGGUGCAUGUGGGGAGUUUUGGAUCGGAUCUCAACUUCACCUCUGGCUGACCAUGCAAGAACCAUAUCUGAUCAUGUCCCGUUUUUUCCUCAGUUUGCUUCAAAGACAGAAUUCCUGUCUUAUGUCCUUUUGUUCCUGGUGAAGAUGCCGUUCCCUCCAUCAAGCCGGCCAAAAAGCCUCUCAAGGGAAGAGACAGAAAAGCUGCUGUGUCCAUCACAGGUGCUUCCGGUUAGGGCUAUGGACAAAAAGAGCUCUAUGAAUUACAAACUGAAGCAGCUGGGCAAGAAGGCGACACAGUACAAGAGUAAACUCCCCACCAGCCAUGCGACCUCCACACUGCGACUGGAAGGCAAGAGUGCUUGGAUCACAAGCCCAGAACUUGAUGUCUGUUCAAGGUCUUCCACAAACGCCUCAAGGUCCAGUUCCUUGGGCACCACCUCUUGUAGAGCCAUCUCAGCAACAAGAUCCAGCAAAGGCAUGUCACCAAACAGCUGGUCAGCAACAAGCACCUCGGCAAGUAGCCCUCGAGCCUCUUCAGGCAGCUCGGAUUCGAGUAUCGCAGACAAGAACAGCGAGGCCAUGAGCUUCUCUCUGAGCUUGACACCCGAGGCUGUCGUGAUUCUGCAAAGACGUAGCCAUGAAAAGCAGCUCCGUGCAGCACGCAGUACCUUCAGCAAACCGGCCCUUCGGCAGAGGGAGCUCUCAGCCAAAUCUGGUCCUCAAUCCAACAUCCCACUUGUAAAAAUCUCCCUCUUGAAUGACCGCCAUCAGUAUGAUGAUGUGGAGUAUGAAGAAGUGGUGGAACAGGGCGUUGACCAGAGUGUGCUGCUAAAAUGCACGGAGUGGCUACGUGGAGUCGAAAAGGCUUCUGAGGUUUCGACACUUGGUAAAGUUGUCAAGAGCAACCAGAAGACUAUCUAGUACAGUUGGUGUGAUCUGCUGAAAAAUGCCUA